UAGAGCUCGGCCGUAUGAUGCCUGUCCUGCACUUUAGUGAGCUCAAAGAUGUUGCAGGUUAAGCAUACGCUAACUUUAAAAGUUAUUCUCAUAUUGCUUUCAAUUGUUCAGCAUGUUUCCCCGAAUUACGUGAAGAAAUAUCAAAUCCCCAACAUAAGGGCAAAUUGGUUCAAAGCGGUCGAGUUUUGCCACUCGAUCGGGAUGCAACUGGCCACAGUAGAUUCCCGCGCAGACAGUGAGUCCCUAAUCAGUUUCAUCAAAAGCACGGACAAGUUCAACGAGCAAGCGUGUGCGUUCUGGCUCGGCGGGAGUGACCUAUCGGAAGAGGGCACCUUUUCGUGGCAGGGCACGGGAAAGCUGGUCACGUACACGAACUGGUCCCCGGGAGAGCCGAACAACACCAACGGAACCGAGGACUGCAUCCAGCUGGUGUACAUUCCGCGGUUCGAGCAACGGUGGACCUGGAACGAUAAUGCGUGCAAGCGGGGCUACAUGUACUUUGUCUGUGAGAGUCUGCCACAAAAUUGUAUUCAGGAGUUCAAAUAAAACAUCGCCGGGAUCGUGAUUCUGCGAUGAGUACGGGGAAUUUGUGCGUCAUUUAAUCACUUUGUUUACCCUUACAGCUUAGUAUUUGUUGUUGAUUUUGAAGAUGGUUGAGCUGGGCAACAGAUCGUCAAAACAUGGACUGAUCAGUCUUUGGAGUAAACCUGGUGGAGGUACAUCAUCUAGAUUUUUCUUUAGCACAUUUUUUUUUAAAUUUUGUACGCUAAAUUACGAAUUUCUGUAAAAAAAAUCACAGGUAUCGUAAUUUCUUAAUAGGUAACUUAUAAGUCGUAGAAGCAAUCUGGACAAGCUAAUUUACACAACCUAAAGACACUUCUUUGGAUUCGAAAAUGAAAUUAUUUAAUUUAUUUCUGACAAUGCUUUGCAUGCUUCUUUGCAAAAAUCUGGUUGGAGUGCACGGUGGACCAAUGAGGGCUAAAAUUUGCGAGCCGAAAGUGAUUUACAUGAAGCGCUGCAACAUCUGUGUCUGCUCCGAAGACGGUUUCGAUGAGGAAUGUACCACGCUGCUUUGUCUAAAUAAUAAUGAAGUUUUAGAAUCAGCUAUUCCACACAUUUUUCCUAAGUUGUAGUACAGGUAUAUAAACGCUUUGUAUUUUUGCAAUUGUACAAAUAAAUACAUAUGUCUAUGUCAUGAAUCA